AUGUACUACAUCACGGACGCGCCCCAGGGCACCACGCAUCGGAGCUACCGGCACCAAGACACGAUCGGUGUCAUGGACGAGAUGACGCCAAGCGCCGAGCCGGAAACGAUGUACACGAGUGCGCGGACACCGACGAGUACGAGCGGUUAUUCGCACGAUGACGUCCGUUCCUUGCCGAUGCCGUUCACCGAUCGCACCGCGGCCGCCACGUCCGCGCCGCGGCAGGCUUUGAUCGACGUUGCAUCGGUGACCAACCGCUGCGUAGCGAAACGCAGUCCCUUGGAAGAGCCGUCGCAAGAUCCGCCUUCGGAGAAUUCAACCUCGACCAGCGGAAAAGAGCUGAAUACGAUUGAGGACGUACGCGCCAAGGCCGGGCUCCUCUCGACAUGGAUCUUGGCUCCGGAGGCCGUGCGCGACGAGCUCGGUCGCUCUGUGCGCGAUUCGCUCCUUUUCCAGCUGCUGCACCACGACACCAAGGUUGGCGUGUCGUGGUUUGAUCGCGAUGCGCUUGAAGACGAGAAGAAGAAGGUGCUCCAGCACCCCGUCAUGCGCGUCAUCGUCUUGCUCAAGUGGCAGGCGUUUGGCUUUCGCAUGUACUGCGAGCACCUCUUUAUGCAUUGGCUGCUCCUCUUUACGAUGACGCUCUCGCUCUCGAUGGGUCUUGGCGUCGCACCCGAGUCGACCUACCACAGCCUUUUCAUUGGCUGGCUCACAACGUGCUCGGUCCUCGUCAUUGCAGCCUUUGCGACGCGCAUUGUCGUGUGGGAAACCAAGGUGCCCUGCGCGUGCAUCACGAUUGCGGUCCUUGGGUGUGUCGGUGGCGGUCUCCAGUACGCGUUCGAACCGCUCCAAGAUCAAGUCAGCUGGCUUAUGUUUGGCCGCAUCAACAACAUCCUUGUCGGUCUCUCGGCGCUCUACUUUUGCACCUUUGAACUCCGUGAGCUCGCCGCCGACAUUUGA